UUUUUUCUUGUGCCAUGGCCAUGUGAGGCACCAAUUACGCCGGUGAAAUUAUUAGCAAGCGUGUUUGCUGCCUCCCCUGUUUAUCCGUAGAGCCUUAGUGCCUCUUUGGAGUUCCCCCACACCAUCUUGCCACACUGCCCUUCACCAUGCUCACUGAAUAUACUUUGGAAAAUUAGAUUUUUUUGGACUCAGUUAACAAGGUUCCACCUGUGGAUUGUAUGGGGGGACUAACAAGCCGGGCAGCGUUAACAUCAAACAGGUGGAACCACUGCAACGGGACAGGACAAGAUCAGCUGAAGCUUCCACAGCAAGUCACACUAUGACUAAUGAAACUGAAGAUUCUGGAGCAGAGCCCGUCAGUAUGGACGUCCAAAAUCAGGAAGCCGUGCACUUGACACCUCGUGAGGUGAUAAACCACGGCUUCAUGAGGGUCUUAAAGCGUCCUGCACAGUGGCUGAUCAUCAUUUCUCUUCUAAUCUCCUGGUCAGCAGCUGGAAUUUUUAUGUUUGACUUUGUGAGUGACGAGCAGCUGACAAAUUUACAACACAUAAGUUCAGAUCCCAUGACAGUGGUGAAUGAAGCUGUUGAGGGAUUUACAGACAAAAUGAGCCACUUAAAUGACAUUUUUAAUAAUGCACAUGAGUACGUUCCUACUGUAAUCACUGAUCCAAUGGCUGCCGUUAACCAGUGGGCAGAUGCCUCGACGUCGUUUCUGAUAGGAAUACAUGAAAGUGAAGGAGUCACUUAUUUCCUUAAACCUGGCCGUGAUGUAUUAGAUGAAAUGAAUGAUUGGGUUAGGAGCCUGGCAGGAUAUUUAUUCCACAUGUUCGAAGAUCUGUUGGAUGCAGUAAUUGUUAAUCCUCUGGAAAAGGUCGCUGAAGCGGCUGCAAAUAUUUCAGACACAGUCAUGGUCACCUUGAGCUCUUUCACAGGAAUGUUCAAGGGCGUUGAAGUUUGGAUUCCUAAAACAAGCACAAGUCCCAUGGAAUUGGCCAGCGAUGUUCUCGAAGGAGCACAAAACCUCAAAAACAACAUCGUCACACACGUGUCCAACCUGUUCUCUGGGGACGAGGGUGGUGUUUCUGACAUUAACUUUGAUCCCAUGAAAGUUGUCACAGACACAGUUGAGGAAUUCUCUGACAGAAGGGACAUGUUUUUAGCAUAUCUCUCUAAUAUCUUAAUGGAGGAUAAAGAUGACACGCCACAUGUGAUCAGGAGAAAAGGAGAAUUUCUGCCACCUAAGGAAAAAGUUGCAGAGAUGCUGGGCAGGAAAAAGAAUGCUGCCUAUCUUAGUCUGAAACGCAAGCUUUUGAAGGCGGAUAUUGCUAAUUGGGACACGGAAGACAUUGGGACUACAGAUGUGAAGGACCAAACGAAGGCAUCUGAAGAGGAGGAUGAUGAUUUCAGCUUGGCAGAGUCGUUGGAUGUAGUGAGUGAAAAAGAUCCAGCCAAAGCAAUGGAAGAUGUUGCUGAUGUCUUGGAUGACAAGGAAGUAUCUGGACUAAAAGAACAAGUCCUACAUCAGGGAACUGACUCACAUGAAGUUGAAUUGGGUAAAGUCAUUGAAGAUACUUCUGAUGCUAUUGGUGAAGUGGUAAUGGAGUCGAUCCAUGAGAUGGCAGAUGAGGACACAGUUGAAACUGUCAGUGUUUCUCGCAAUAAUGAAGAAGACGAAAAUGAGAAGGUGGAUGAACACAAGACUCAAACAUAUGACACUUCCUCAGAGGUUGCAGUUGAGGAGAAAGUUAAUAUUUAUAAUGCUGUUGAUGAGGAGGAGCCAAUAAAAUCAACAUCAACAGUGGACCCCAAAGACCAAACCAAUGUUGAUGGUUCUGAUGUCAUUGGUGAAGAGGAACCAGUAAAAUUACUGAAUAGUGCAACCAACGACACUGAUGAAGACCAAACGAAAACUGGUGACUCUUUCUCAGAGGCCACUAUUAAGGAGGAAUCUGUUGAACCCACAGUUUUGAAUGUUGAGGAGAAAACAUUAAAAACUUCCAUGAAAAAAGAACAAGAUGAAACUGUUUCUGGCGUCGGUGGUGAUGAGGAACCAGUAAAAUUACCUGAUACUGUGACAAACAAGAGUGAUGAAGACCAAACUAAGACUAAAACUGGUGACACAUUCUCAGAUGCCACAAUUAAGGAGGAAUCUUUUGUUUCAAAUGAUGAAGAGUUAAAUCCACUUGCAACCAAAAGCACUGAGGAAGACCAAUCCAAAACAAGUGUAACUUUGUCUGAGACCCUGUUGAAAAUGGAAUCAGAUGAUGGUUCUUUUGUUGUUGAUGAAGAGAAACCAAUAAACUCAACACAAAUUCCUACAAAAGACAAUGACGAAGAAGAAACUAAAACGGAUGCUUAUAUUGAGACAGUUGUUCAGGAGUUAGCAACUACUGAAUCAUCUCUUGGUGCUCAUGAUGGAGUCAAGGAUAAAGUGGAAGAAAAAGUAAAGGAAGAAGAGAUUAAGGAAGUAAAGGAGGAUCAGGUUGAGAAUGCAACAAAGAAAGAUAAUGGCGAAGAUGAUUUUAUUCAGAGUGAUGAUGAAAAUAACAACAACAAUGAUAGAAAGAGACAACCAGUCAAAAGAUAUCAUGUAAGACAUGGAGAAACGACCAAGGAAACCAAUGAUCAAGAAAAUGAGCUUCAUGAAGAGGAUGAAAAAGUUCUGGAGCAAGAAAGAAUUGCCAAGGAGAAAAGAGCUCGGGAAGAAGUCUACAAAGCCAUUCAAGAAAUGCGAGCCGAAAAGGCUGCAGAAGAAACAGAGAAACAAAUUGAGAAGGAUAAAGAAAAAGAGAAGAAGAAAGAAGAGUUAAGGAAGGAAAUGGUGAAACUAAAAGAAAAGCCUAAAGAGGACAUAAGCAAGAUUGCAGAAACUAAAGAGCAUGAAGAUUUGGAUAAGAUGGUUAAUGUUACAAUUAAAGCUGUAAUGAUCACCACAGAGAAAGCUCCCCCACCCGUUAUAAAGAAAGAGGUCAAAGCUAAAGAAGAGAAAGCUAAGCCAACUCAUAUUAAGAAAGAGCCUGAGGUUAAGAAGGAGAAGAUCAAAGCUGCUCCUCUAAAGAGAGAAGCUAAAGAUGUUAAGGAGAAAAUAAAACCAGCUCGUGAAAGGAAAGCAGAAGCUGAAAAGGUGAAAGCACAGCCAGCUUUGCAGAAGAAAGAGGCUGAAGUUAAGGAAAAGGAAAAACCAACAGCUGUAAAGAAAGAGGACAAAGGUGCCAAAGAAAAGCUGAAACCAGCUCCACCAAAGAAAGAGGCUGAGGCAAUCAAAGCAAAGCCCAAAGCAGCCCCUGUGACGAAAGAGCCUGAAAUUUCCAAAGAAAAGGUCCAAAGAGCACCAGCAAAGAAAGAAGGUGAAGCUGCUCCAAAAGAAAAGGCCAAACCAGAACCUGCACUAAAAGAGAAGGCAAAGCUCAAACCUGCUCCAAAAGAUAAGGCAAAACCAGUACCUCCUCGAGAAGAAAAGGCAAAACCUGAACCUGUUCCAAAAGAGACAGUAAAACCAGAACCUUCUCCAAAAAGAGAGGCAAAACCUGAACCUGCUCCAAAAGUGAAGGCAAAACCUGAAGCUGUUCCGGAAGAGAAGGCCAAACCUGAACGUUCUCCAAAAGAGAAGGUAAUGACUGAACCUGCUCCAAAAGAGAAAGCAAAACCAGAACCAGCUCCAAAACAGAAGGUAACAUCUGAACCUGCUCCAAAAGAGAAGGCAAAACCAGAACCUGCUCCAAAAGAGAAGGCAAAACCUGAACCUGCUCCAAAAGAGAAGCUACAAACAGAACCUACUCCAAAAGAAGUGGCAAAACCUGAACCUGCUCCAAAAGAAGUGGCAAAACCUGAACCUGCUGUAAAAGAAAAGGUAAAGCCUGAACCUAUUCCAAAAGAGAAGGCCAAACCUGAACUUGCUCCAAAAGUGAAGGCAAAACCUGAACCUGCUCCAAAAGAGAAGCUACAAACAGAACCUAUUCCAAAAGAAGUGGCAAAACCGGAACCUGCUCCAAAAGAAAAGGCAAAACCUGAACCUGUUCUAAAAGAAAAGGUAAAGCCUGAACCUAUUCCAAAAGAGAAGGCCAAACCUGAACUUGCUCCAAAAGAGAAGGUAAAACCUGAAGCUGUUCCGGAAGAGAAGGCCAAACCUGAACGUUCUCCAAAAGAGAAGGUAAUGACUGAACCUGCUCCAAAAGAGAAAGCAAAACCAGAACCAGCUCCAAAACAGAAGGUAACAUCUGAACCUGCUCCAAAAGAGAAGGCAAAACCAGAACCUGCUCCAAAAGAGAAGGCAAAACCUGAACCUGCUCCAACAGAGAAGGCCAAACCUGAACCUGCGCGAAAGGAGAAGGUAAUGGCUGAACCUGCUCCAAAAGAUAAGGCAAAACCUGAACCUGUUCUAAAAGAGAAAGUAAAACCUGAACCUGCUCCAAAGGAGAAGGUAACACCAGAACCAGCCCCAAAAGAAAAAGCCAAAGCUGAAACUGUUUCAAAAGAUAAGGCAAAACCUGAACCUGCUGCAAAAGAGAAGGCAAAACCUGAAGCUGUUCCAAAAGAGAAGGCAAAACCUGAAGCUGUUCCAAAAGAGAAGGUAAAACCAGAACUUUCUCCAAAAGAGAAGGCAAAAACUGAACCUGCUCCAAAAGAGAAGGCAAAACCUGAAGCUUUUCCGAAAGAGAGGGCCAAACCUGAACCUUCUCCAAAAGAGAAGGUAAUGCCUGAACCUGCUCCAAAAGAGAAGGCAAAACCUGAAGCUUUUCAGAAAGAGAAGGCCAAACCUGAACCUUCUCCAAAAGAGAAGGUAAUGCCUGAACCUGCUCCAAAAGAGAAAGCAAAACCAGAACUUGCUCCAAAAGAGAAGGCCAAACCUGAACCUUCUCCAAAAGAGAAAGCAGAACCAGAACCUGCUCGAAAAGAGAAGGUAAAAUCUGAACCUGCUCCAAAAGAAAAGGUAAAACCAGAAUUUCUUCCAAAAGAGAAGGCAAAACCUGAACUUGCUCCAAAAGAAGAAGCAAAACCCAAACCCACUCCAAAAGAAAAGGUUAAAUCUGACUCUGUUCUAAGAGAGAGGAUAAAGCCUGAAUCUGUUCCAAAAGAGAAGGCAAAACCUGAACCUGUUCCAGAAGACAAGGUAAAGCCUGAAACUGUUCCAAAAGAGAAGGUCAAAGCAGAACUUCCUCCAAAAGAGAAGGCAAAACCUGAACCUGCUCCAAAAGAGAAGGCCAAACCUGAACCUUCUCCAAAAGAGAAGGUAAUGCCUGAACCUGCUCCAAAAGAGAAAGCAAAACCAGAACCUGCUCCAAAAGAGAAAGUAACAUCUGAACCUGCUCCAAAAGAGAAGGCAAAACCUGAAACUUUUCUGAAAGAGAAGGUAAAACCUGAACCUGCUCCAAAAGAGAAGGCCAAACCUGAACCUUCUCCAAAAGAGAAGGUAAUGCCUGAACCUGCUCCAACAGAGAAAGCAAAACCAGAACCUGCUCCAAAAGAGAAGGCCAAACCUGAAACUGCUCCAAAAGAGAAGGUAAUGCCUGAACCUGCUUCAAAAGAGAAAGCAAAACCAGAACCUGCUCCAAAAGAGAAGGCCAAACCUGAACCUUCUCCAAAAGAGAAGGUAAUGCCUGAACCUGCUCCAAAAGAGAAAGCAAAACCUGAACCUGCUCCAAAAGAGAAGGCCAAACCUGAACCUGCUCCAAAAGAGAAGGUAAUGCCUGAACCUGCUUCAAAAGAGAAAGCAAAACCAGAACCUGCUCCAAAAGAGAAGGCCAAACCUGAACCUGCUCCAAAAGAGAAGCUAAUGCCUGAACCUGUUCCAAAAGAGAAAGCAAAACCAGAACCUGCUCCAAAAGAGAAGGUAAUGCCUGAACCUGCUCCAAAAGAGAAAGCAAAACCAGAACCUGCUCCAAAAGAGAAGGUCAAACCUGAACCUUCUCCAAAAGAGAAGGUAAUGCCUGAACCUGCUCGAAAAGAGAAAGCAAAACCAGAACCUGCUCCAAAAGAGAAGGCCAAAGCUGAAACUCUUCCAAAAGAGAAGGCAAAACCUGAACUUGCUCCAAAAGAAGAGGCAAAACCAAAACCUACUCCAAAAGAAAAGGCUAAACCUGACUCUGUACUAAAAGAGAAGGUAAAGCCUGAAUCUGUUCCAAAGGUGAAGGCCAAACCUGAACCUGUUCCAGAAGACAAGGUAAAGCCUGAAGCUGUUCCAAAAGAGAAGGUCAAACCUAAACUUUAUCCAGAAGAGAAGGCAAAACCUGAACCUGCUCCAAAAGAAAAGGCUAAACCUGAGCCUGUUCUAAAAGAAAAGGCAAAACCUGAACCUGUUCCAAAAGAAAAGGUAAAACCUAAAGCUGUUCUGAAAGAGAAGGCCAAACCUGAACCUUCUCAGAAAGAAAAAGUAAAACCUGAAGUUGUGCCGAAAGAGAAGGCCAAACCUGAACCUUCUCCAAAAAAGAUAAUGCCUGAACCUGCUCCAAAAGAGAAGGCCAAAGCUGAACCUGCUCCAAAAGAAAAGGUAAAGCCUGAAGCUGUUCUGAAAGAGAAGGCCAAACCUGAACCUUCUCUAAAAGAGAAGAUAAUGCCUGAACCUGCUCCAAAAGAGAAGGUAAAACCAGAACUUGCUCCAAAAGAGAAGGCCAAACCUGAACCUUCUCUAAAAGAAAAGGUAAAGCCUGAAGCUGUUCUGAAAGAGAAGGCCAAACCAGAACCUUCUCCAAAAGAAGAGGCCAAACCUGAACCCGCUCCAAAAGAGAAGGCCAAACCUGAACCUGCUCCAAAAGAAAAGGCUAAACCCGAGCCUGCUCCAAAAGAAAAGGUAAAGCCAGAACCUGCUCCAAAAGAAGAAGCCAAACCCAAACCUACUCCAAAAGAGAAGGCCAAACCAAAACCUUCUCCAAAAGAAGAGGCAAAACCUGAACCUGCUCCAGAAGAGAAGGCAAAACCUGAACCUGCUCCAAAGGUGAAGGUAAAACCUGAACCUGCUCUAAAAGCGAAGGCAAAACCUGAACCUGCUCUAAAAGAAAAGGCAAAACCUAAACCUGCUCUAAAAGAAAAGGCAAAACCUGAACCAACUCCAAAAGAGAAGGCUAAAUCUGAAGCUGCUCUAAAAGAAAAGGCCAAAAUUGAACCUAUUCCAAAAGAGAAGGUAAAAUCAGAACCAGCUCCAAAAGUAAAGGCAAAACCUGAACCUGCUCCAAAAGAAGCGUCAAAACCCAAACCUGCUCCAAAAGAAAAGGCUAAACCUGAGGUUGCUCCAAAAGAAAAGUCCAAAGCUGAACCUGUUCCAAAAGAAAAGGCAAAACCAGAACCUGCUCUGAAAGAGAAGGCAAAACCCGAAGCUGCUCCAAAAGAGAAGGUAAAACCAGAAGUUGCUCCAAAAGAGCAGACUAAACCUGAACCCACUCCAAAAGAGAAGGCAAUGCCUGAACCUGCUCCAAAAGAGAAAGCCAAACCUGAACCUGGUCCAGAAGAAAAGGCUAAACCUGAACCAGUUUCAAAAGAGAAGGCCAAACCCAAACCUGCUCCAAAAGAGAAGGCUGAACCUGCUCCAAAAGAGAAAGCAAAACCAGAACCUGCUCCAAAACAGAAGGUACAACCUGAACCUGUUCCAAAAGAGAAGGCAAAACCAGAACCUGUUCCAAAAGAGAAGGCAAAACCAGAACCUACUCCAAAAGAGAAGAUAAAACCAGAAGUUGCUCCAAAAGAGAAGGCCAAACCUGAACCUGCUCCAAAAGAAAAGGCUAAACCCGAGCCUGCUCCAAAAGUGAAGGCCAAACCCAAACUUGCUCCAAAAGAGAAGGCCGAACCUGCUCCUAAAGAGAAGGCCAAACCUCAACCUGCUCCAAAACAGAAGGCACAACCUGAACAUGUUCCAAAAGAGAAAGUAACACCAGAACCUGUUCCAAAAGAGAGGGCAAAACCCGAACCUGCUCCAAAAGAGAGGGCAAAACCCGAACCUGCUCCAAAAGAGAAAGUAAAACCUGAACCUGCGCCAAAAGAAAAGGCUAAACCCGAGCCUGCUCCAAAAGAGAAGGCCGAACCUGCUCCAAAAGAGAAGGCCAAACCUCAGCCUGCUCCAAAACAGAAGUUACAACCUGAACCUGUUCCAAAAGAGAAAGUAACACCUGAACCUGUUCCAAAAGAGAAGGUAAAACCUGAAUCUGCUGCAAAAGAGAAGGCAAAACCAGAAUCUGCUUCAAAAGAGAAGGCCAAACCUGAACCUGCUCCAAAAGAGAAGGCCAAACCUGAACCUGCUCCAAAAGAAAAGGCUAAACCUGCUCCAAAAGAGAAGGCCGAACCUGCUCCAAAAGAGAAGGCCAAACCUCAACCUGCUCCAAAACAGAAGGCACAACCUGAACCUGUUCCAAAAGAGAAAGUAACACCUGAACCUGUUCCAAAAGAGAAGGUAAAACCUGAAUCUGCUGCAAAAGAGAAGAUAACACCUGAACCUGCUCUAAAAGAGAAGGCAAAACCAGAAGUUGCUCCAAAAGAGAAGGCCAAACCAGAAGUUGCCACAAAAGAAAAGGCCAAACCCAAACCUGCUCCAAAAGAGAAGCUCGAACCUGCUCCAAAAGAGAAGCUAAAACCUGAACCUGCUCCAAAAGAGAAAGUAAAACCAGAACUUCCUCCAAAAGAAAAGGCCAAACCCAAACCUGCUCCAAAAGAGAAGCUCGAAGCUGCUGCAAAAGAGAAGGCCAAACCCGAACCUGCUCCAAAAGAGAAGGCCAAACCCGAACCUCCUCCAAAAGAGAAGCCCAAACCCGAACCUACUCCAAAAGAGAAGGUAACACACAAACCUGCUCAAGAAGAGAAGACAAAACCCGCACCUGUUCCAAAAGAGAAGGCCAAACCCGAACCUGCUCCAAAAGAAAAGGCCAAACCCAUACCUUCUCCUAAGAAAGAAGCUGAAGUGGCCAAGGAGGAGAUCCCAGUAAAGAAAGAGCCUGAAGUUGCCAAAAAGGUUACACCAAUCACAGUGAAGAAAGAGGUUGAAGUUGCCAAAGAGAAGGCUAAACCAGAACCUGUAAAGAAAGCAGUUGAAGCUGCAAAAGAAAAGGCAGAACUUCCUUCCAAGAGAGAAGCAAAAGUAGCAAAGGAGAAAGUCAAGCCAGUUAAAAAAGAGCCAGAAGUCGCUAAAGAAACACCGAUCCCUGUGGUGUAUCCCAGUGCCAAAGAUAUUGCAAUGGAAGUGGAGCUCCUGAAAGCCAUCAACCAAAAACUGUCCAUUCUGGAUUUAUUGAGGAAAGACAUCGGUGAAAUAAGAACUGAUCUGGAGGUCACUCAAAGCCAAAUCGAUCAAUUAAGGAUGGACAAUCGGACGCUCCAAGAGCCCAAGGAAUUCAAGGAGAAAGCAAAACCUGCAGUGAUGAAGAAAGGACAUAGACCCUUCAAAGAGAAGCUUAAAAUAUCGACUGUGGUUAAAGGACGCGAGGCUCUGAAAAACAUCACUAAAGCAGCCACUGUGAAGAAAGAGCGGGUGCUAAAGAACAUCACUAAAGCAGCGUUUGGAAAGAAAGAACAAGCUCCAAAAGAAAGAGUCAGGCUUGAGCAUAAAAAGAAAGAAAUUCCUAAAGAGAAAAUCACCCCAGUGGAGAAGCUUCCAGAAAAAGAAAAACUUACUGAGAUGACAUUGCCUGAGGAGAAGAAAACAAAAGAUGAGCCUGAGGUGACCAAGGGUCCUGAACCAGCAGAAGAGGAAGAAGUCCCCUACUUCCAGUGUUUCUACGUGGAUGAAUAUGAUAUCCAGUAUCCCUUCUUCCCCUUUUCACCACCUUUCUUAUGAGGGUCACCUGCAUCAGGUUGCGUGAAAUGUCGACAUCUGUGAUACAUACAAUAACCUUGAAAGGUUACUGAUACACGGUUGGUCCUCAGUGUCGAAAUCAAGGAGGUCGAGGACAAUUACUUUUAAUGAGCUAGAUGAGCUUUCAAAAACGGGACAAUACAGGCAAUUCCAUUUACUGUCUAGUUGUGUGUCUUGUUCUAGAUAUGUUUAUGUUGCUGUAGAUUUAGAUUUCAAGUUCAGCUAGUUCAGUUGUGUCAAUAAUAUGAAAUGUCAAUUGCAUACUGUGGAAGCAGUUCAAGUUAAACAGCAUUGUGCUACCUGUUUCGUGUUUUUACACUGAAUGUAAGUCUUAAAAGGAAUGGCAGAACUGUGUGUCCGUGAAAGCUCUGACAGACGACGACGGAAAAAGCACUCGUCUGAUCACAGAAAACUUUGCACUGUGUUAAAAGACGAGGUUUUAAUAACUGAAAAUACAUUGGUACUCGUGCCUCAUUUUGAUAGAGUGCUGAUUCAAAGCAUUCCACUACCUUCAAUCAAAAUGAUGGAUGAAAUAUAUUUCCUUUGAUUAUGUAACAAAAACCUCACAGUAAUCGAUGUUAAUGCAGCCACUGAAGGUACAGUCAGUAUACAGUAUCUUAAAGAUGGAUUUGUGGACUGUGAAGUUUGCUGAACAUAUUUCGUAUCCACUGAACUAUUUGAGAAGGUACAACGGUGUCAGCAAUCGUACAGGACUUGGUGUAAAUUUAUAUCUUUAAAUUCUAUAAAUACUGACUUCCCCAACCUAAUCUUUGUAGCUGGAUUUCAUGUUAUUUAAGUAACCAAAGCUACAAGCACUCACCCCAUCACCCCUCACCCUAUUCUUAGCUAUUCACAACUGUACAACUUAGUAAAUUCUUACAGAUAUGCGCUUAUGGGACCUUGAUGUUGGAUUAUUCCUUCAUCUUUUAAGGAAAGAUAAUGAAUUUAUGAGCUCCAGUGGCAUCAUUAUUUAUUGAUUAAACACUGUAAAAACUGACAUCUUAACAAGUGAAAAUAUCUUGAAUAUAGUCAAAUGUGUCUAGUAUUUCCCAUUAUAAGAUUACAAUAAAUCAAAUAUAAGACUAUUAAAUAUAUUUUCAGACAUUUUUACUUAUUACAUUUUCAUAUUCUAUUGGCAGAUCAUUUUGCUUCAUUCUAGAAAUAAAUGCUUACAAUGAGCAAAUUAUCUGCCAAUAGAAUAAGACUAUUUAAAUUAUUAAAAAAAAGGUUAUAGAAAAUCUUAUAAUUGGUUUAUGGUAAUCUUAUAAUAGGAAAUACUAGUUAAGUGUGACUAUAUUUAAGAUAUUUUCACUUGCUGAGAUGUCUUUUUUUUUUUUUUUUUUUUUUUGCAGUGAAUGAUUUAAUCACAAAGCUGUAAUUUGAGGAAAAUCCUAGUAACCAAUGUUUACACAAAUAUUAAAAUAUGAUGCAUUACACUAUAAAUAUGUCAGCUGAUAUGGGACUGCAUAUCACAACAUUAACGUUAAGGAGUAAAACAGGACGAAGCAUGCUGUUACAGUAAAAUAAUCAAUGAUGGAGUGUUGUGAUGCAGCCCAACACAAAGCAGCAUUAGUUACCAACAUAAAGUUGAUUAUUUUCCUAUAACAGCAUGUCAGCAAGUGUUGUAUUCAUUUUGUAUGACAGAUUUCUUUUAAUUUAUUAACAGCAUGUAGUACUUUUUAUUUGUUUGUAGUUACAUUUAAUGUUGUGGAACGACCAUGAAACAAGUUAGUUCCUGUUAUCUCUUACAUUAUAGCAGCUAUAAACAUUUGUUUCCUUCUUCUCUAAAGAAGAUGCUGCUUGACAUGUUACUGAGAAACUAAAAAGUUCCUCCACCCUGAGGACUUUCCUGUGGUGGAAAACUUAAAGUUGAGAUUUUACCUCUAAUUUGUUACUAUAGAAAUAAUAAUGUAUUAGAAUGAGUUGAUAUGUUGAUAUAAACUUGGCUUGCAGCCAGAAUUAUAGUCAGAACUGCUGUUAUAGAAAAUUAAUCAACACCUUCUGACCAAUCAGAAUUGAGAAUUCAACAGUGCUGUGGUGUAAAUACAAUUUCGACUCCAGCCAUUACUCUUGUUUUUGUGUUUUGAAACAUAGUCCUGGCUUAUCCUGUCUGGUGCAUUGAAUAGAUCUGUAAAUCUUUGCUAAUUCACUAUUUCCAAGAAUAUCUACAGACAUAUUAUCUGUAAACGUCUGUAGAUGCCUGUGCACCGAGUUUGAUACUCACAGGUAUAAGAUUGGUUAUAAGCUGUCCUUUUGUAUUUGCAUUUUAUUGCACAAAAGAACAACCUACAACAGUUUAACCGACCAAAAACAAUCAUUACUGACACAAUUGCGUGGACAAUUUUGAGCAUUUUUGGCCAAUAUUUCCAUGUAUCCUUGUGUUGAUGAAUACUGGUGCUGAUAACCAGUAUUUCAGAUCAUAAUUUGGUCCAAAUCGACCAGAAGCUAAAGAUGAUGUCAUGUGUUCAGCCUGGAAUGAGUCAAUGUAUCUUAAACACAGACUAAUUUCAAAAUGUCACACAAUUUUUUGAGAAAUAUUCCUUUAAUUGCAUACAUUUUUUCAAUUUAUUUAAUAUCCUAGCACAAUCACAGGCUGAUUAUAACAAAUCGGACACUUACAUCAUUAUGACUCACAGAUUUUACUCUAGAAGUAAAGACUGUUGAGAGGUAGGUCGUAGAAGAUCCAGGAAUUUCACAGAAUAUGAUAAUGACUGAUUAUGAUCUCAGAUCAUUAUUAAAUGACUAAUAAAAGGCUAUCUUUUGUCAAAAUCUUUUUGGUAUACAAUUACAACAACAGAAAUCGUAUAAAGAUACAUAUUUCCUAAAAAAAAAAAAAAAAAAAAAAAAAGUGUCUUGGUGUAACUGUAUUUUUAAAUACAGUGCAUUUUGACUAAAUAUGUUGGUCUUAUCUACUUUAAUGUAAAAGUGUUUGAUUCAGAUGAAAACAUUUUUAAACUGAAUAUAACCUGACAUUUACUAAGACAUUUUAUUUUUCAUUUUUGUCAUUUUACUGUUUUCUUGAGAAAAAAAUGUCACAUAUCAUGGCUUAACAGAUUAUUUUUGCUGAUUUUUUUUUUUGUUGUUGUCUUUUUUAAAUAACUUCCUAAACAGAAAAUGGUGUAACAGAAAGCCACGUUUUGGAGAACUCUGUGUUAAAGGAAAGAUGCUCAAUAUAUAAUAUACUUGUUUUGUAAGUUGUUGGUUGUUUUAUGAGACACUGAAGUCUAAAAAGGGGCAUACUGGUGUUGUGCAGAGAAGACAUACAGUGCAUGAUUGAAGGCAUGGAGCUCAUGACCAGCUUCGUUUAAAUUAUUGAAAUUCUCUGUAUUGUAUACUGUGUAACAAGUGGCAUCUGUAUUUCUAUUUCUUUAUUGCUCAGAUUCUCAACAGAAAUGCAUGAGGUGUGUUUUCUGCUUUGUGUAAAACUGCAGGUUAGAACUGAUCUAAAAUCCUGGCUGAUAAAAUGAACUAGUAUGUGAGUGAAUGAAAGAGGUCAUAUUGUAAGUAGUAUAAUUUUUCAACUGCAGUUUCUUCUUUGCUGUUGGAUUAUAUAAGCCCAGUGGUUCUUAAAGUGGUGUCUGGGGACCCACAGGGAGCCUGUGAUUUUUUAUUUUUUUUUAGUUACAGUGGUGGAAAUCACAACACAUCAUUGUCAAAGUUAGGUUUAUUAUUGAGUUCAUAUAGCCAUUUGACUGUUUGACUGGUCACGUAAAAAAUUUAAGCGUUUAAUCCAAAACUCAACAACUAAAAGUACAAGUAGGUCUAUAAAUAAGUUGAACUUUGACCUAAUGUUAUUUUCAGUGGUAAGUUCAGGAAUAAAAAGCUAUAUGGCUCUAAUAAAUAGACAAAAUAUUAUUGUAUUAUUUAAGUUUAAACAAUGUUCUGGAAAUACAGUAUGUACUGAUAGGGUCUGUGGAAUUUAUUUUACAGUUCAAGGGGUCCCUGAGUACAAAAAGCUAAUUAGCUAUGAAUUUUACUAGAUAAUUAAAAAUGGAAUGAACUUACUGUUUGGUAACCUAAAACAACGUAUCUGCAUUUAUAAUGUCAUUAUUUUCAGCACAAGUUCUGUAUAUAAGAGCAAAACCUGUAAGAAAUUCACAAUUCUGCUUGACAUCUUACCUUCAAUAAAUAUUUAUGAAUACUCUGAUA